ACAAAUAAUAAAAAUAUAAAUUAUUUCCCACAUUUACUUUUUAAAAAUUUUAUCUCACUUUGCCUUUGGGGGUUAAAAAGAGAGAGAGAGAAAACGAAGGAAGGGAUGGUGACAUCCGCUACGGCGGGGGCUACAGAUUAGGGUAAUAGCGGCCGUCCGAUGUGUGGAAAUCGCCUGUUGGACCCGUGUCUCCUGUGACACUCGUCGGCGAUCGAAGGUAAACAGUAGUCGUCCAAGGCGGGACCCGCUUCCCCGACCAAUCAGUCUCGCGCCACGUAACCCCUUCUGAUGCCCCAUAUAAAUAUUCCCCUGCGCUGCUCAUAUUCUGGAGAGUGUGCAACCUGGCGAUGCAUGCUCUCUUAUCCUCUCCUCUCUGAAAUCAUCAUCGUCUUCUUCUAUUCUUCUUCUUCUUCUUCUUCUUCUUCUGUGUCGGUGCCGCUUUCGCUUCUUCUUCGCUCUGGGUCUGCUCUAUUCCCAUUGAUUUUCAUUGUUAUUUUUCUAGGGUAUGUGUUUAAUCAGAUGACGAAGCUUCACUUGUGAUCUGACGAGAUCUGGGUCUCCGAAAUCUAGUUGUUCCAGGGGAUAUUCUUCGGCAAUGCAGAGCCUGAGCGGUUGAUUUUGCCUCUGUGUAUGAUUCCUUUCUAUUUUUUUGUUGUUUUUAUGCUCUGCAUUGCAGAUUUGUGAGAUUCCCACCAAAAAUUAAAAAAAUAGGGGAAAAUAAGAAAAGGAGGCCGACAAUGAAAGCGACGCAGAAGGACGGAGCCGAGAAAGUGAUCUGGGAUCAGAUGAGAAGUCCUUCCGGCGGCGCUACCAUCACCGUUGCCGGAGCACAGGGCCGAGCCCUCCCCAAGCUCCUCGUCUGGCUCAUCCUCUUCGUCUCCGUCACCUACGUUGUCUACACGCUUAAGCUCGUUUCCACCUCACGAGCCGCCUGCGACGACGACCCCUUUUCCACUACCCGCCGUCUCGCCUCCUCCGGCUCCGCAAUACCCGCCAACAUCACCGCCCUCGCCGUCGCGGCGUCUGAUCAAAAUCAGACGGCCCCGGUUCUCGGGCGUGACAAGCCCUACCGGAAGACGGAGAUUGGGGAUAUCGUGUUCGGCAUUGCCGCGUCGGCGAAGUUGUGGGCCCAGAGGAAGAACUACAUCAAGCUGUGGUACAAGCCCAAGGAAAUGAGGGGAAUCGUGUGGUUGGACAACCAGGUGAAGUCCGGCGGAGACGAGGGGCUUCCGCCUGUGAAGAUCUCCGGCGACACGUCGCGGUUCUCGUACAAGAACCGGCAGGGACACCGGUCGGCGAUUCGGAUCUCGCGGAUCGUGUCGGAGACGCUGCGGAUGGGGAUUAACAAGGACGUGCGGUGGUUCGUGAUGGGCGACGACGACACAGUCUUCGUCACCGAGAAUCUGGUAAGGAUCUUGUCCAAAUACGACCACAACCAGUACUACUACAUCGGAAGCCUGUCGGAGAGUCACUUGCAGAACAUAUACUUCUCUUACGCGAUGGCCUACGGCGGCGGAGGGUUCGCCAUUAGCUACCCUUUGGCCAUAGCUCUGGAGAAGAUUCAGGAUCGGUGUAUCCAGAGAUACCCCGGCCUGUACGGCUCCGACGAUCGAAUGCAAGCUUGUAUGGCCGAACUCGGUGUACCACUCACCAAGGAACUCGGAUUCCACCAGUAUGAUGUUUAUGGGAACCUAUUCGGGCUACUUGCAGCGCACCCGGUCACGCCCUUAGUGUCCCUACACCACCUUGAUGUCGUUGAGCCCAUUUUCCCCAAUGUGACUCGUGUUCAAGCCCUCCAGAGGCUCAACAUUCCAAUGAAGCUCGACUCUGCAGGUCUCAUGCAACAGUCCAUCUGCUAUGACAAGGAAAGGAGCUGGACUGUUUCGGUUUCCUGGGGCUUUGCAGUUCAAAUUUUUCGGGGAGUGUUUUCGCCACGGGAGGUCGAAAUGCCGUCAAGAACAUUCUUGAACUGGUAUAGGAGAGCAGAUUACACAGCAUACGCCUUCAAUACUCGCCCAGUCACCCGAAACCCCUGCCAAAAGCCCUUUAUAUUUUACUUGUCAAAAGCAACGUUACACUCUUCAACAAAUCGAACCAUAAGCGAGUAUGUAAGACAUAGAGUCCCUCAUCCAGCUUGCCGGUGGAGGAUGGCAGAUCCUGCUGAUAUUGAUGCAGUGGUGGUCUACAAGAAACCAGACCCCCAUCUCUGGGAAAGGGCUCCGAGGAGAAACUGUUGCAGGGUUUCAGAGUCGGAGAAGAAAGGAAGCAUGGUGGUGGAUGUGGGACAAUGUAGGGAAGGAGAGAUCAGCGAAGUGUAAGUUCUUUUUUUAACGGGAAGGGUGGCCGGGAGUUUCAUCUCUGUGUGGUCCCUUUUUUUUUUUUUUGGGUUUAUGUUAAAUUUUGAAUUCUAAGCUUAUUUCUUUUAUUUACAACUUCACGUUUCAAGCUUCUUAUCCCUCCCCACAAGAGCGCAGAGUGACAGACAGAACAAUGUGUGCUGGUGAGAGAGACCCGGGGGGGGGGGGGGGGGGGAAUGAGGGAAAAUUUGUUGAUGUAAAAAGCUGUAGUUUUAUGGGGAAUUAAAUUAUACAUUCAUGAUCAUGACCUGGCAGAGAGUUAGCUUUGUUGGGUUUUUCAAUUGUA